AUGAGUACUCUUAUCGACGCAGACGCCAUAUUAUCAGAAAACGAGUAUUGGAAGAAAUUAGAAAAAGAAUGGAAAGCAGUGGACUUAGAAAAUGAAAUAGAAGAUGACCUGCCGAUGAUGAAACCAGUAUUCAGUACAUUGGAUUUAAAAACAACAUUCGAUUCAUCGUUUCUAUUCAAGAAAGUUACAAAGAAAAUUGGGAGACAACUCUCAAAGAAAUCGACGGGAUCGGCUUUGGACUACAAAGAUUUCAUCAACAAUCUGAAAGACGAUCCUCAAAACGAUUCGUCCAACCGUUUUUAUUUCAUCAACGGGCAGAUAACUUCGGCGGCUUCGAUUGAAGACAUAUGUCAUAAAAUAGAUGACAUCUUCAAAUCUAUUGAGCAGCUGUCUUCAGCGACUAAUACGAUGAAGAAGAAAGAUGUUCCUGAUGUCGUACAAUGCAGUAUAUCAGCGACGGAUCUGUCUUUCGACGACACACUAUCAGAGGAAGAUAAUAUUGAUAAUAGUGACAUAGAUAGACAUAUUGAAGAGGCAUUUGAAGAGUUCAGUGAGACCAUGUCCAAUCUUAGUGUAGAACAGUCUUUGGAUUCAGUCACCACGUUGGUUAGGAAGUUUAGCAACGUUUUGAAUAGUCCAAGUAUUCAGUGUAGUCCGAGAAGAAGAAGGGAAUGUUGUGAUAAGUUUAGGGAAUUAGCAGAAUUUUGGCAGAAUCGUGCGUUUGAUAAGUAA